AUGGAAACUGUGAAGAUGGAAUAUUUUCUACCUUGGCUGAUGAUAUUUUUUCUUGUUUGUUAUUCAGGGGUUGAAGUUUAUGGUGAAGACUACAGUUAUAGUUUCACAUAUGAGUGUUUGGCAGAUCCCCUUAGUGCUCAAUACAAUGGAGGAAUAGUUGUGAAUCCAAACUUCAAUGAGGGACUCAAUGGCUGGAGAAAAUCUGGAUUUGCAAAUAUGGCCACUAGGAUGUCCAACAAUACAAAUAACACUUUCAUUGUGGCUACUAACAGAAAAGAACCCCUUCAUGGUCUUACCCAAAAAUAUUUCUUGAAAAAAGAUACUUACUACGUCACUUCAGCUUGGGUGCAAGUGAGCCAUGGAGAUGGAAUUAUAGAUGCUCAUCUGGCUCUAGCAUUCAGAGGACCAUUUGGAAUUCAACGUACUGGAUGGGCUAUUGCUCGUUCUGGCUGCUGGUCUAUGCUAAAAGGUGGCUUAAUACUAACUACUUCAGCUCAUGUGGACUUAUAUCUUGAGGCGAACAAUACCGCUAUUGAAUUAUGGGCAGAUAGUAUAUCAGUAAAACCAUUUUCCCAAGAGGAAUGGAAAUUUCAUCAACAUCAAAGUAUAGAGAAGGUACGUAAAGCUAAAGUGAAAAUCCAAGCAGUGGAUUCUCAAGGCCAACCAUUACCAAACGCAACGGUCUCCCUGGCACAACAAAGGAACAAUUUCCCAUUUGGCAAUGCAAUAAGCCAACAUAUCCUCAACAACAAAGCCUAUCAAGAUUGGUUUACAUCACGAUUCAAGUACACGGUUUUCGAGAAUGAAAUGAAAUGGUAUGCCAACGAGAAAAUCCAGGGCAAACAGGACUACAACAUGGCGGAUGCCAUGCUCAGUUUUGUCCAAAAACAUAACAUUCAAGUCCGCGGCCACAACAUUUUCUGGAACAACCCCAUGAGCAUGCCCUCGUGGACGCGUUCUCUUUCACCAGCACAACUCUCCUCAGCUGCAUCCAAAAGGAUAAAUUCGGUGAUGAAUCAAUACUUAGGCCAACUUAUUCACUGGGAUGUUGUGAACGAAAACGUCCACUUUUCGUUUUUAGAGAAUAUACUCGGAAAAAAUGCGUCUGCUAUUUAUUACAAGAAGGCUAAUGAAAUCGAUAGCAAGGCAAUUCCAUUCUUGAAUGAUUUCAAUACAAUUGAACAUGAAUUUGAUGGAACUUCAAAUCCAGCAAAGUACUUGGAAAAAAUUCGAGAUCUUCGAUCCCACGGUUAUAAUGGGCCGUUGGGAAUUGGGGUGCAGGGGCAUUUUGUCAAACCAAAUUUACCUUAUAUAAGAUCUUCUCUUGAUAUGCUUGCUUCAGCUGGAUUGCCAAUUUGGAUCACUGAGUUAGAUGUUGCAAACACCACCAAUCAGGAGGUAUAUUUGGAAGAGAUCAUAAGGGAGGUUCAUGCACAUCCAGGAGUGAAAGGAAUAAUGAUAUGGGCACCAUGGGGUCCUAAAGGAUGUUACAGAAUGUGUUUGACUGAUAAUAAUUUCAAGAAUUUGCCUACUGGAGAUAUUGUUGACAAGAUUAUUAAAGAAUGGAGUCAUCAAGGUUUUUCUGGUACUACUAAUGAAAAUGGCAUUUUUGAAACUUCACUUUUUCAUGGAGAAUAUCAAGUUGAAAUCAAGCAUCAUGAAAAACAAACAUAUGCCUCCAUGGCUCAGAAAGUUAAGGUGGCAGCACAAAAGGAUGGAACAAGGGAAAAUUCACAUUACACAAUUUUUGUUUGA